UGGACUCCGGGCAGAGGCACAUCGGGCGCUGGACUCCGGGUCAAGAGGCACAUCGGGCUGGACUCCACGGCAGAGGCACAUCGGCGCAGGACACCCCGGGCAGAGGCACAUCGGGCUGGACACCAGAUCACCAGGCGGAGCGGCAGGCGCACCGGAUUCACCAGGCGGAGCGCAGGCACCGGGCCCCCAGGCGAGCGUCAGGCACCGGGCCCCAGGCGGACCCGCGAUAGCGGAGCGACAGCAAUCGCCCGCGCUACAGGCGACAGGCCGAUCGGGCCCGCCCAUGGCGCGACAGCGGACAGGUGCCGGGCACCCAGGAGGAGCGGCAGGGCGCCGGGCCCCCAGGAGGGCGGCGGGCACCGGGCCCCCAGGCGGUACGCGGCGCGGGCACCGGGUCAUCAGGCACGACAGCGGGCAUCAGGUCACCAGGCAUCAGGUCAUUUGGCUCGC